CUGAGAAGGAGUCUCUGGACCAGUAGUGGAAUCUGUAAAGAGGCUUUAACAGGAUCUGGAAAUCCUAGUUUGGGAGUCAAGUCGCAGAUAGUUUUGAUGGCUGUUGCUGGUGGCGCUGUUAUGGUUGUUAUAAGCAUAAUCUGUGGAAUUGUCUUCUUCUGCCUUAGAAGGAGAUCUAAGCAGAGCUUGAAGAAAGUGUUGCCCCCUCCACGGCCUCCGCUACCCGCCCAAUACACCUGCAAGAAACCCGUGAAGAAACAUGUGAAGAAGCAGGAAUCGCAUCCAGCUGCAUCCCCGCCUCGGCGACACAACGCUCCGCCCCGUCCGCCGCCUCCCUCGCCAUCCCGAUCUCUGUCACCACGGAGGAGGCCAACACGGCCUCUUGGUCCGCCACCACCCCGCCCAAACACAGCUUCUCAAGUAUCGCGCUCGAAAACGAUUCCACACCCUAAAGCAGCUCCGCCACCCUGUCCCAAUCAGCCUGCAUCCCUGCUGCCUACAUUUACUCCCGGGUCUAUGCUUACCCCCGGACCUACAUUUACCCCUAAGCCAACGCUUACCCCUGGGCCUACAUUUACCCCUAAGCCUCCGCUUACCCCUGGGCCUACAUUUACCCCGAAGCCUCCGCUUACCCCCGGGCCUACAUUUACCCCUAAGCCUCCGCUUACCCCCGGGCCUACAUUUACCCCGAAGCCUCCGCUUACCCCCGGGCCUACAUUUACCCCUAAGCCUCCGCUUACUCCCGGGCCUACAUUUACCCCUAAGCCUACAUUUACCCCUGGGCCUACAUUUACUCCUGGGCCUACAUUUACCCCUGGGCCUACAUUUACCCCUGGGCCUACAUUUACUCCUGGGCCCGCCUUUACUCCUGGGCCCGCAUUUACUCCUGGGCCCACAUUUACUCCUGGGCCCGCAUUUACUCCUGGGCCCACAUUUACUCCUGGGCCCACAUUUACUCCUGGAAUGGCAUCAACAAGAGAACAGCCCCACAUGAAUAAACCCUGUGCGGAAGAGUUGUGCAACCAAGGCUGCAAUAUGGCGAAGGCUGAAAAUACGGGAACGAGCUAACUUCAGCCAUUAAUAGUUCCACGCAUUUGCUAUAGUUGUAGGUUUAAGCAAAACAAAGAAUCUGAUUAUAUCUGACUGAC